CUUGGAGUAAAUUUGGUCCUGUUAUUGAUGGUGAAGAACAGGAUAGCUAAAUUUUAACAUUGCUGGUCCUGGGAGAUGGGUUCAUACAACAUUCUAUGAUUUUCAUGACCACUGUUCUACAGAGGGAGUGUUUAUCUAGGGCUCUGCUCUACCUGCCUCUAUGUUAUGGCUUAGUUAUUGUGAGAGGUGAGGAGGGAGGGAUGCUGGUGCCUGAGAAGAUGGGGAUGAGAGAGGCGGCUUGGAGUAAUGGAGAGCAGAAGGGUCUUUUGGGCAUUUCACUAUUCAAAGAAGGAAGGAACUGAUUUAAUGUUAGAGGGUCUGGGUUCCAGCCCCAGCAGUGCCAAAUUAAAGUGCCUGUACGGCAGGACAAGUUGGCCUGGGCCUUGCAUUCUUCAUCUGUAAAAUGAGGAUUAGAUCAGAUCUUCCAGCUACUCAUUUAUAAUCCUAUCACUGAUUGGAAGGAGGUGCUGACUUAUACUAAAGUGAAAAAAGCCUAUCCACAACCCAGAUCCCGGCCAGUGGGAGGAUUGUACGGCCAUUCCUAGUACUAACUCUGGGGGCGCUGUGCUUAUAGCGUCCUCUGCCAUGCCUCAGCUCCAACUCUGGGUGGCGCCAAUGGCUUCGGGACAGAUUCCGGGAACCGGUGCUCUAGCUGGCUUCACUCUAUGGUCAAACAUGGUGGCUUGCUGAAAGCUGCCAGAGUGUACUACUCCUGCAGGUGCCCAGCGCCCGCCCGCCAUGACCCGCUUUCCGCGGCUGGUAGUCUUCGACCUGGAUUACACUCUCUGGCCCUUCUGGGUUGACACUCAUGUGGAGCCCCCGUUCCACAGGAGCAGGGAUGGGAGUGUGCGGGACAGCAAUGAGAAGAUGGUUAGGCUAUAUCCAGAGGUGCCCGAUGUCCUGGAACGUCUGCAUGGCCUGGGGGUGACCAUGGCCGCUGCCUCCCGGACCGGUGAGAUUCGAGGAGCCAAUCAGCUCUUGGAGCUUUUUGACCUCACUAAAUAUUUUGCAUACAAGGAAAUCUAUCCAGGCUGCAAAGUCACACAUUUUGAGAGAUUGCAGCAGAAGAGCGGUAUUCCCUACUCUGAAAUGAUCUUCUUUGAUGACGAGAAGCGGAACAUUAUAGAUGUCAGCAAACUGGGUGUCACCUGUAUUCAUGUCCAGAGUGAAAUGAGUCUGCACACUCUGACUAAAGGCCUAGAAACAUUUGCGAAAUCUUGAGACAGACUCUCAGAUUCAGCCCUGCAGAUGGGAGCCCUGGCCAUGGACACCAGCAGGAAGAGAACAAGAAUGAGAAAUGCAUCUUCAGGUCAUCUGUGAAUUGUAUAAAACAUCUGUGUGUGAGCAUACAAGACCCUUCCCUUGGUGUAAGUUUUCUUUGUCGUCAUGUAUAUGGGCCAACAACACUGCCCAGGACUGAUUCCAGGCUUUGCUUCCCAGUGCUGUCUGUUCCUUGGUGUGUUAUCACAACAUCCCUUCCUCACAGCAAAUAAAACUUCCUAUGACACA